UUGAACAUCAUUUUCUUAGGAAAAAUACUCCCUAAACUAAGAAGGCGCUCGAUAACGAUUACCGAUCCAGCAGCGGGAAACACUGGAGAUGCUUGCAAACUCCACGAUUACGUGUUUCGAAUAGUACCGUCCUGUGCACCAGCUCUGACCAUUAGCGAACGGAACAACAACCUGGAUAUGACAAUUGCACAUGAGAUAGCGGCAAUCAAGGAUUCCAUCUGCGAGCUUAGGUUGUUUUCAGUCAGGCUGUUUUAGGU